CCCACCAAGAGUAUUACUCGAUCCGCUCCAAGCUCUCUCACCCACUCGCCUCUCAUCCGCUCGCCAUAGUCCCAUCCUCGACCGCAUCCGACUUGGUACCACCACCAAGCUGCCCCGACCAUUCGGGCCUGACAUCGUAAGCCCCCACCUACAUCUCUUCAAAGCUUCUACUGACUUGGCAAAGAUGCACUCCACCAUGAUCUUGUCGUCUGUCUGUCUCCUCUCGGUUCUUUCAUCCCUGCCAGCAGUCACUGGCAAAGGCACCGCCAACGUCAGGAACGAAUGUGACAAACCAGUCUACAUCUGGACCGUCGACAGCAAGUCCACCGGCCCUGAGAUCGUCCAACCCAACGAGGAAUACACCGAGGAUAUCCACGUCGAUGGCAGGAAGCAUGUCGAUGCGAAGAAGAAGGCUGGCGUUGCCAUCAAGAUUAGCCGUGAGCCGAAUGGCCUCUUCGUCAAGAACUCCCCACAGCUCCUACUACAGUACAACGCCGAUCCACCCAAGCUUUGGAUGAACCUCCACGAGAUCAACGGACAUCCCUUCGACGGAAGCCCUUUGUCGGUGGCCGGUUGCGGAGACGACAUCACCUGGCCGACCGGUGUCAACUGGAAGGAUCCGAAGGGAACCGGGAACGGGACUACUCAUCCUAGUAGCAAUGAGCUCGAUUGCGGCCCAAGACGGAGGGCGCAGGCUUGCGCACCUGCGCACGGAGUUUGUGCCGGUGACCUCGUUAAGAACGCUGGUUGUUGCCCCGAGCUUGUUUGCAUGGGUGGGAUAUGUCGAGACUUUUCACUCCCAGUGGGCGUGGAGGAGCACGUGGACCCCUGGGAGAUUAUAGGGACAAACACCACGGCUCUGUAGUAGGCCGGAGGUGCUGCGGCUCUGAGGAUGGCUUCGCUUUGUUUCUUCUUCUUUUUUUUGUACUGUACACAGCUUCUGCUGAGCGUUUCAAUUGACCUUCUUGUCC